AUGUCGUCCCCCGAGGUAUCUCUGCUGCAUGUCCGGCGGGUUCUCAUUGCCAACCGUGGCGAGAUUGCCUGUCGAUGCAUCCGGGCAUGCAAGCAGUUGAACAUCACCAGCGUCUCCAUAUACACCAAGUCCGACUCUACCUCACUUCAUGUCAGCGAGGCCGACGAGUCAGCACCCCUAAAAGGAGAGGGAACCUCUGCAUAUCUUGACAUCGAUGAUAUCCUGGACAUUGCAAAGCGGCUGAGAAUCGAUGCCAUAAUCCCGGGAUACGGAUUUCUUAGCGAGAAUGUCGACUUUGCGCGGCGGGUUACAGAGGCUGGCAUGGUUUUCGCCGGCCCGUCUCCUGAAUCUAUCUCAGAGAUGGGCCUCAAGCACAGAGCGAGACACAUUGCCGUCUCCUCAGGCCUGCCCGUGAUCCCGGGUACAGAUCUUCUGAGCACCGAGAAUGAGGCUCUGCAGUCAGCUCAGGAACUGGACUUCCCGGUCAUGCUUAAGGCCACGGGUGGCGGUGGCGGUAUGGGCUUGCAGAUUUGCUACAGCCCCGAUGAGGUGUCAUCUGCAUUUGCCAAUGUCCAGAGUCGGGGCGAGGCCCUGUUCAAGAAUUCUGGGCUCUUCAUCGAGAAGUUUUACCCAAGAAGCAGACAUAUCGAGGUCCAAAUAUUCGGCAACGGACAACAAGUUAUCCAUUUCGGAGAAAGAGAGUGCAGUAUUCAGAGAAGGCACCAAAAGGUCAUUGAAGAGUCACCUAGCCCCUUUGUUGAAGCGCGUCCAGGAUUACGAGAGCGCCUCACAUCUUGUGCUACGCGGUAUGCAUCAGCGUUGAAUUAUAAAUCAGCUGGGACUGUUGAGUUCUUGGUUGAUGACGACACAGGCGACUUCUUCUUCCUCGAGAUGAACACAAGACUGCAAGUCGAACACGGCAUUACGGAACUGUGCUAUCAGGUAGACUUGGUUGCCCUGAUGCUACGACAGGCAGACUACGAGAUGGCGGGACAGGUUGGCAUCCCAUCCUCCGAGCUCCUCAUGUUACAGCGAGAUGGACCCGUGGGCUCAGCCAUAGAGGGACGUGUAUAUGCCGAGGCGCCCGCGAAGGGGUUUGCUCCCUGCCCUGGCCUUCUUCAAGAGGUAUCCUGGCCGACCGACCCUGACUUUAGAGUCGACACAUGGGUUCAAUCCGGACAACAGGUAACGCCGUUUUACGAUCCGUUGCUGGCAAAGGUAAUUGUCCACACGAACUCCCGGCAAACGACGAUUGAAAAGAUGAGCUCUCUCAUCUCCACCGAGGUUCGACUCAAAGGACUGACCACCAAUCUGGACUACAUCAACUCCAUAAUAAAAAGCGACUUUUUUGCUCGGGGUGCGACAUUGACAAGCUACCUUGAUAAAACCUUUAAAUAUAACCCACCCAUUAUCGAGGUGCUCACACCAGGAACCUUCACCACAAUCCAGGACUUGCGAGGGCGACAUGGAAUCGGCCAUGGAAUUCCAAGAAGAGGUCCCAUGGACUCGAUAUCGUCUCGAAUUGCAAACAUACUUGUUGGAAAUGACGCCGGAACAGAGGUCUUGGAGGUGCUAUUAUCAGGGCCUGAAGUCUCCUUUUCAUCUGAUGCAGUCAUCUCGGUUUGCGGAGCCAAGGCCCUGAUUACAAUCGACGGGAUAGAGAAGCCAAUGUGGUCGCGACAACUGGUCCGAGCAGGACAGAUUUUACGCAUAGGGUUUGUCUCAGGAAGCGGUUGCCGUUUGUAUCUAGCCGUGAAGGGAGGUUUCCCAGAUAUUCCCCUCACCUUUGGGUCAAAAUCUACGACGCCCAGUCUGAAGUUCGGCGGGACACAGGGGAGACAGCUUCAAACAGGUGAUCUUCUAACCAUCUCUGAAGAAAGCGCAGAGUGGGCUCGUCAUUCAUGGGAGUAUACCCUCCCUUCAGAUCUCCAUCUGAGUUCAGAUAUCAAAGAGAUCUAUGUGAUGCAAGGGCCACAUGAUUCUGACGAUAUCAUGACCGCUCAAGAUCGAGAAAUGCUCUACUCUGCCUCUUGGAAGAUUGGUCACAACUCUAACCGCUCAGGUAUACGACUGACCGGCCCGAAACCCGAAUGGGCCAGAAAGCAUGGCGGUGCCGGUGGCGCACAUCCUUCAAACUACCUAGAUUAUGGCUAUCCAUCUCCCGGUGGAGUGAACUGGGGCGGAGACUUCCCCGUCAUAUUCUCCAAUGACAGCCCGAACAUUGGAGGCCUGAUCUGCUCGUCUACCGUCGUGUCCGCAGAUCUGUGGAAGCUCGGCCAGCUUGCGCCCGAUGCAGACAUCAAGAUGGUGCCUGUAAGCUAUGAGACCGCAGUCGGACUAGCUGCAAAGGUGGAUUCAUAUCUUCUCUCUGUUAUACAGGCUGUUAAGCAGGAAACUACAGUUUCAGUUGGCAAAGGCCCCAACCUGAACGUGCCAUCUUGUUUGAUCGGCGGCAUGAAUGCCGUUCUUAAGUUCGUGGAAGCAGCUGGACCUCAGAGACCCAAGGUCAUAUAUCGCCAGGGUGGUGAUUGCUUUAUCUUGAUUGAAUUCGGUGAGCAAGUACCGGAUAUCACAAUCAUCGCUCGCGUUAGGCUUCUGGUUGAAAAGCUUCAGGCACAGCAGCCAAGUCUGCUUCUCACCCCGCAUAUCAGCUGCCUCACUGUGGAAUUCAAUCCUCAAACAACAAGCCGAGAAACACUACUAUCUUCACUCGUAGAGAUUGAGACAUCGAUCGAGUUGAGCAUGGAUAUGAAGAUUCCCUGCCGCGAGUUCAGGUUGCCUGUAGUCAUGGACCAUCCAGCCAUUGCUGAAUGCAUCCAGCGGUAUAUGGAGACUACAAGAUCCAAGGCCGUGUAUCUCCCUGACAACCUUGAAUACCUCCGAAAGGCGAACGGGAUAGACACAAGGAGGGAAGUCUUCAACUUUGUCCCGAAGAAUGAGUUCCUCGUUGUCGCCGUUGGGUUCUUGUCUGGGGCUCCCAUGAUGUACCCCUUGACCUCCAGAGGGCUGGUCGGGCAAAAGUAUAAUCCGACUAGGGUUUCGACACCCAGUGGCACACUUGGGCUGGCGGGGUCUAUUCUCUCUGGAUAUCCUGUCGAGCAACCUGGUGGCUACAUGAUGCUCGCGCGGACUCUGCCUAUGUGGGACACAUACGGCACGAAACCGGGAUUCAGCAACCAGAAGCCAUGGAUUUUUGAACCAUUUGACUUGAUCAAGUUCUACGAGGUUUCGAUUGAGGAGUACGACAGGCUGGAGGGUCAGUUCCUCGCUGGAAAAUACCGGUGGGAUAUGUCGCAUUCCACGUUCAACCUCAGGGCCGCAUAUGAGAAGCUGCACUCCUUUAAAGCUGACGCUGAUCACACGGCAUAUCUUGAGCGUCAAAAGUCGGGCCUGGCAGAGCAAGUGGAGAUUGAGAAACGAUUUCAUGAGGAAUGGCAGGUCGCAAUGUCGCAUCACGAUGUGAUGAGCAAUGGGGAGACUGAGAACCAAGGGGGAAUGUCAAUCACAUCACCCAUGGCCGCAAAAGUCUGGAAAGUAGAGGUGAAAGUGGGGGAUGUUCUUGAGUCAGGAACAAAGGUCGCGGUUCUGGAGGCGAUGAAGAUGGAAGUGUCAGUGUAUGCAUCUGAAGAGCACGGAGGAGCAACUGUUGCGAGUCUCGUGAGGCAAGCCGGUGCUACAGUUAAGGCGGGAGAACCCAUCAUCGCGAUCGAGAUAGUGUAG